AGAAAAAGUAAGACAAGAGACUGUCAAUUAUAUUCUGCUAUUGGGUUAUUUCAACAGCUUAGACGACUGUCUGUCGAGACUUUUUUUGCGCACAAUCUUAUAGCUAGACGCAAUUGAUUUGUCCUUUCCUUGAUACAGACUGAUUGCCGUCCAUUGUGACUUUGUCCCCAAGGACUUUCAAUCACCUUGACGUGUGCGCGUCCCACCAUCGCGUGUGGUGUCUUUGACAUCAACGUCCUGCCUCCGCCGUCUUUGGUGGGCCAUCAAAAAUAGCAACAGGCGGCUUGCCUACCUUGCAUUUUGAGACUCUGCGCCCGUGUCAAUUGCAUUUCUUUUCCCUCUCAAAUCACUUCACAAACAAAAUGUCAUCGAAACCGCCAUCAAGAGUGGUGUUUGUGGGGAAUAUCCCAUAUGGAUUAUCCGAGGAGCAAAUAACCGACAUCUUCAGCCGGGCGGGCAAAGUACUCAACUUCCGUCUUGUCUAUGACCGGGAGACAGGAAAGCCUAAGGGGUUUGGCUUUGCAGAGUAUCCAGACAAUGACUCGGCGGCGUCAGCAGUCCGCAACUUGAACGACACCGAAAUCAUGGGCCGUAAACUGCGCGUGGAUUUUUCUAACGAGAAGCCGAGCACAAACGACCCCGACGAUGGACCCCCCGGCGGCGUAAACGGCUCCGGCGCACCCUCGUACCAACAACAACAAGAAGUCCCCUCGCUGCCUCCUCUCCCGCCCGGCAAGGACCUCCCCGCCGGCGUGUCGGCGACCGACGCCAUCUCGCGGACCCUGCGCACGCUGCCGCCCGCCCAGCUCCUCGACAUCCUGCAGCAGAUGAAGACCAUGUCUGGCGCCGACCCGGCCCGCGCCACCGAGCUGCUGACCCAGGCCCCGCAGCUGUCGUAUGCCAUCUUCCAGGCCCUGCUGCUCAUGGACCUCGUGUCCCCCGACGCUAUCCACUCGGUCGUCGACCCUGGCGCCGCCGUCCCGACCCCAGCGGCGGUCCCGGCGACCCACCUGCCCACUCCCUACGGCGCACCCCCCGCCGCAGCCGCCGUCUAUCAGCAGCAGCACCCCGUCGCCAACACCCCGCCGGUCCCCAUGCCGUAUGCGCCGCCUGCCGCACCGCCCGCCGCCACGCCGACCCCCGUGCCGGCGGCCGCGCCUCAGGACACGGAUGCGCUUAUGCAGCAGGUCCUCGCCCUGCCGCAGGCCACCAUCGACCAGCUGCCCGAGGCCGAGCGUGCGCAGAUAAUGGCUCUGCGGGCCAGCUUGAUGGGGCAGGCCAGGUAG